GUCCACCAUUAGAGGCACGCGACACAGAACAAUUUUAGCGGCUACAUUGUGAAAAUUACAAGUGUUUGAUAAGAAGCAGCACACACGGAGAGAUCAUCCACUGCUCUUCUGCCUCUAAAGACAGCCAGUAAAGGUGAUAUAAAACAUUUGACAUCUAAUUGUGACCCUUUGAUCUAUGACAAAAUGUGGAAUUGCAAGUUGUGCAGUUUUUCUACUGCAAUAAAAGUCAUGUUGCUGAAGCAUUAUCGGCUUAACCAUAGUCAGUACUCUACAAUUUCACCUUUGCCCUGUCUCUACAACACCUGCACGUUUAGUACAUUCAAUUCAUUAAAGAUACAUCUGUCAAGAAUACACACUGCUACCCAAAGGAAAGACAGCUCUUAUCCAGCUUUUAAUGAAUAUGGAUUUUGUUGCCCUGUGUGUAACUUUAAGCAGCCAUUCACUGAAAGACAAGUGUUUAUCCAUCUCAGGGGGCAUUUAAAACGGAAAGAAACUGUCCUAUGUCCUUUCAAGGACUGCAAUUUUAAAACCAAUGUAUACUCAACAUUCAACGCCCACAAAUGCAGAGACCACCAAAGUUCAACAAACUAUGAUGAAGGCAUUGUACAAUGUGUCAUGAAUGUAGACCAAAAAGAUGAAAUGCAGCUUGAAUCACUAGAGUCAUUACAUGAAAAUGAAGUGGCAUCCACUAGCAGUAUCGGUAGACCUGAGGACUUAAAAGAGCAGUUGCAGUACAAUCUGGCUGGCUUUUUCUUGAAAAUGCAGAGCAUUCUCCAUGUGUCCCAGAGAGCAACACAGGAGAUCAUUGAGCAUAUUGAUCAUCUGUUUUUGUUAUCAGAACCUCUGAUUAGAAAAUCAGUUGUUGAUGUUCUACAGAAGCAUAACUGUCCAUAUACCGACGAACUGGUUGGUGAGACUGAUAGUACUGAUAGCACAGAUACACCAGAGCGUAUUAGUCGGUGGCCAGAGGUUUUUAUUGUUCCAAUAUUUUCUUAUGAGAUGGAACAUGUGCUAAGGGAAGGUAAUGCAGCAUAUGAAAAAGAUGGGACAGUAAUUAGACUCCCUAGAGAUCAAAAACACAACAUACUCGAGACAAUGGGGGAAGAAAUCUUUAGGUUGAAGGCAUAUCCUAGUAGCACACAAAUUGGCAAGGCUGCAGAAGCUUUAGUUAGAAAACAUCCCUGUUUAAAGGAGAGAAACUCUGACACCGGGUGGGAAGGAUGGAAGAAUAGUCUGAGACAUAAAAUAGGAAACCAAAGAAAGAAGUUUGCUAAAGCUGGCAUCAAAGAUGUAGCUGUAAAUUCUGGGAAGCACAGCAGAACAAACCCAGAAGGAGCUGCACCAAGGGCCAAUAUUAAAAGACCUAGGAGAGGUGAGGUCAACUUCCUUCCCAGUUAUCCUUCUGGAGAAACAAGGGAGUCUCUGGAGACCAGGAGGGUUGAGAUGGUUGAGGAGUUCCAGAAGACCUCUGGUGAAAGAGCCAUCCCUCUUAUUCAUCAACACAUGAUGCGCACCUUUGCCCUCCGGCGUGAAGAGAUCAUCACAACUUCUCCUCCUGUGUCAGAACUUAAGGAAAGAUGGCCAGCACUCUUUUGUGAGACACAGCUCUACUGUGAAUUUCACCGGAUUACCAAUCAGCAUCUGCCACACGUGUUUUAUGCUGCAUUGGAUGAAUAUGCUCCUAAGCUGAUUGGACUUUACAAAAAGAAGAAAACUGGACGGGUUGGUGAAAAGAUGGACCAGCUUAUGUUGGCAUAUGAGAAACAGGACAAAAACGACAUUCAUGCAACAAGAACAACAGCCCUGGCUGGCCUACCCAUUUACCUCAAAGAGGAUUCUUCAGGCAUUUUCAAAACAUGCAAGGAUGAAAUGGAGUUCCAUGAAGGUGCAGUUGCUCUGGUUGCUGAUGUGGAUGAAGAAGAGGCGCCUGCUGGAGUUCUUUUCUCACCACGCCAAGUGUUCAUUGUGCUUGAGGAUCAGGUUGUAAUGACUCAUCACUCAUGGACUGAUGCACUGGUGUGUUUGUUUGGGCUAAUCUAUGCUCUACAUCUGAGCUAUCCUGUGAAGUGCAUUAGCUUUUUCGAGUUCAUUCAAGUAGUGUUGCUGAAGCUCAACGAUGAGAGAAAGCAACUUAAACCAAAGUUGCAGACACUGAAAAAUGAGCUGGUGUAGAUGGGGUUUGUUGUUCACAGGUUAGUACAUUCAUGCUUGUCCAGGAAUCAGUGGUGAAUAUCUUCAAGUCAGUAGUUCUAUUUGUUCAGGUGAUAAGCUUUCUAAAGUAGGCAAUAUGCAUAAAACUAAAACUAAGGAAAAAGUUCAAAUGAAUACUUGACAUUUCUGUUGUGAUUCUGAUUUUAAGGCAAACAACUGAGAAGCCACAAGUAUCUGAGUAUUUUUUUUUCCAUGCAGUCUAUAUUUUUUAGCUAAUUUGAUGCAUUUUUAGCAUUUAAUUAUUGAGAUCCUUGUACAUCUUAGCUAUAUUUGUAUUUACUAUAGAUUCAUGUCAGUACAUUUGAAAGCAAAAAAAUAAUUGAUAAUUAGUCAAAAUUUAUAUUUAGAAUCCUUAUUUUUGAGUUGUGAGAUAAGUGCUUGCCAUUUUGAUUUUGAGGUUUGGGCAAAGCAGUUG